AGAGGCGGCGGCCGGCUUUCUGUUGGGCAGCCUCCUCGCCCCGCGGAGGCAGGAAGCCUCCCGGGCCCGGGAGGGUCGGGCUUCUCUCUCCUCUGGCGCGGCGUCGGGGCUGCGCACAUCUGUCGUUUGUUCAGGAUGGAACAAAUGGCCUUUGAUCUUUCAUGGACUGGACUGGGCAGACUGGAUGCAGCAAGCACAAAGGCUCAAUGCUGAGGCAUAGGCCACGUUUGCUAGUGCAAUAAAGACAACUACAGUGGAAAAAAUGUGUUCUGCUAGUCCCAGGAACAUCUGAAGAUAAAAAGGACAAUGCACACUGUACAUCCUGAUCACAUUUUGAGUGCCGUAGCGUGGUUUUUGCCAUGGCAUCUGAGACUGAGAAGGCCCAUGCUCUUCUCCAAACUUUCAGCACAGCUUCGGUUAUUUCUAGUCUAGUUUUGGGGAUAUUCUGCUUUGCAGCAGACAGACUUCUGCAAUUUUCCUUCAUUCAGCAACAUGACUGGCUCCGGGCCUUCUCUGAUAAUGCAGUGCACGGUAUACUGGGAAUGUGGUCCUGGGCAAUAGUGAUUGGACUCAGGAAGAAAAGUGACUUUACUGAGGUCACUUUGGCUGGUUUCCUAGCCUCUGUCAUUGAUGUGGACCACUUCUUUCUUGCUCGCUCUCUGUCACUAAAGGCUGCUUUGACUCUUCAACAGAGGCCACUUCUUCAUUGUUCUACUGUGAUUCCUGUUGUGGCACUGACAUUAAAGUUUAUUAUGCACCUUUUCAGGCUUAAGGAUUCAUGGUGCUUUCUUCCUUGGAUGUUGUUCAUAUCCUGGACUUCUCAUCACAUCCGUGAUGGGAUUCGUCAUGGCCUCUGGAUCUGCCCAUUUGGAAAAACUCCUCCUUUGCCAUACUGGUUGUAUGUGGCAAUUACAGCAUCUUUACCUCAUUUAUGUUCAUUUGCUAUGUAUUUAACAGGCACCAGAGAAUUAAUGUCUAUAAAACAUGGAAUCCGCAUUGAUGUGUAAGAAUAAUGGCUGUUGAAAACUGUAUUAGCACUGGAAAUAAGCUGCCUGUUUAUCACUGAAGUGGUUUUCUUAUGUUUCCUAUGACUUCUGAGUUAGGCUCUUUAAGACUGUGGAGCCAGUUAUAGCUUCCAUGUCAAUUUCUUGUGGUCAUAGACAGCUGUGUAAUGAAUGGUAAUAGUUUUAUAUCUAUACAUUCCCCUUGUGAAAUAAUGGCCUUCUGUUAUAGUUCAUGCAUAGCUAGCUAAUUCAUAAAGUACUUGGUCACUCUCUGUAGUAAUUCAAUUACAUUGUACUGUCAUGGUGCAGUUCACCUGUUCACUUUGGAUUUGUAUUCUGCCUUUAGAUAACACAUUUCACCUGGAUAGCAUUUGUAUAGCACUUUAAAAAUAUAAAGUAUUACAUAAAUGCUAAGUAUUUGUGAGAAUUCAGUACUAAAAAAGAUCAAUUAGCUUCUUGAAUUUGUUUCCUUUCCUACUGGACUCCCAUAUUCAACUAUUUUAAAAGAAAAGCUAUUUUUAUUUCACAACAUGAAACUGUAUUUCUGCACCUCUUUGAACAAUGCUAUUCUUAGAGUGUUUCUACUAACUUCUGUUCUUUUGCAGUUUCUUGGUACUCGGUUUGCAGGUAAUAGCUGUUGUUUGUGGUUCGAAAACAGAAGACAGUUUGGUUACAGUAUUAUCUGUGUUAGCCAAACUGAUUUUAAAAACAUACUCAUUCCGUGCAACCUGAUCUAGGUGGACCUGCUUUAGCAGGAGAGUUGGACUAGAUGAUCUCUAGAGGUCCUGUCCAACUGCAGUCAAUUCUGUGAUUCUGUGAAUGUUAAUUAGGAACUAAGGAAUUUUAGUAAAUAUUUAAGCAAACUUAUUUAUUAUGGUAGAACAUAAGCUUUAGGGAAGAUACAGGGGGUAUAAAAAAAUCAAAAUGGCUCAAAAUGUGUUUCCUUAAAGACCUUACUACUGUACUUGUAAAAAACAUUUUCCAUUAAGUGCAAUAUCAUCCUUACUAAUGUAAAAUAAAACACAUUACUGUUAUUAUUAUAAAGAAAUAUAAAUUUAAUCAUAAGUAAAGUCCUUAAGAAAAAUGUUGUUAUGUUGAAGCUUCACAACAUAGUAAUUUGCUCUGUGGGCUGUUCAGUGUAAUGGUUAUCAUUUACAGAAAAUUCUCUGAAGAAAUCUCAAAGUAAAAAUUAAGCUAUUAUCUACUUACAGUGUACAAGGUGCCUGUAGUAAUUGAUUUGUAAUUUUUUUCUUUAUUGAAGUCCAUUGCCCACUUGGAGAUGGAGAUGGGGCCUUAAUUAUUCCAGUUUGUGGUGAAUCAACUAUCAAAAGGGAUUAUUUUUAUGGAAGAGCGUGUAUAGAUCAGAUGAAUCUAAUCUGCUGAACUUAAACAAGGGCACAAAGGUUAGGUGGUGUGUUCAUACUACAUUUAUGUUAGUAAAUGUGUAUUGGUAUAAAGUAAAAAAAAAAAAAAAAAAAAAACAGAAAAUAUUAACUGGGAUUGCUGCCUUAAUGGGUACCAGAGACCUCUGUGGCUACAAAGUACCAACGACUCUCCGCAGCACACUAAGCUAAUUACGGGAAGUGUUUCACCCUUUUAAAAUGUGCCUUCCCGCAGAAACAGUAGUAUCUGCAGUGUUUGUUCCUCACGUUAGAAAUGUGUGCUCGUUUCUGUGACAGUAUAGUGGGCCUGUUUAACCUUUGUUACAAAAUUAAUAAUUAUUUUUGUUUCUUGGAAAAGCAGAACAUUUCUUAAAGGAUUAUCCUCAUACUAUGGAUUUCAGUCUUUUACAUUAUGUAAAAGUUUCUGAGAAACAUCAGAAAUGUCUUGCUUUAGAGCCCUCAGAGCAGGAACUGUCUUUUAUCCAAAGGCAUGAUGGUUUGGUAGAGGAAGAGCAUUGCUUAUCCAUUUACUUGUAACUUGUAUUCUGAACUGUAGGCUAUAAAAUUUCAGUAAUUAAGAUAUUUUGUGCAAGAAGUGAACACAAAUUGGUGUAGAAAGUUUUCUGUAUGUUUGUUUCAUGGUAAUGUAUCACUUUAUCUGUAUUUGUUGCAAAGUGAAAUGUAUAUAGGAACAAAGCAGAGAAUUACAAGUUCUCAUUUUUAGAUUGCAGCUGUAGCAUUUUUGGUGACUCUAUGUCCACCACCAGUCUUAAGAUCAGUACUAUACUGCUCUAGCUGUGUUUAAGGAUCAGUCUAUGAAUACAUGUUCAGCAGUUUAAAAACACAUAAUUUCAAUCUCAGUAUUUCUAGCAAUUCUUGUGGGGGGUUUUUUACAAUACUUUUAAGCUGUAUUCCAAAGUAGUAUUUUUCUAGUCAUGUUCUUAUACCAGUUCUACCACAGCAAUAGGUAAACACUUUGAAAUGUAUUAGGAAGAGUAGUGAGCACUUGUGACAAACGACCCCCUUCUCUCUCCCUCCAAGCAGAUACGACAGUCUCACUGCACCUCCUGACUGUUAGACUACUUUAGCUCAGGCUAUUGACAGCUUUUCAAAGUAAACUUGACACGUUGCAUGUUAUGCUGUAAUUUGUGAGUAAUCAGAUUUGAGAACAAAGGCAAAGUUAAAUAUUUUCACGUCACCCAGGAGAUAAACUUGCCUGUUACAAAUGAACAGCCUAACAGUUGCUUACCAGUAAUAUUUUAAAUUAAUUUAUAUUUCCAACUAUGCAUUGAUACUGCCAUGUGUAGCAAAACCAUGGCAAAAAUAAACAGAGAUACCAAAACCAUAA